AUGGUUUGGGCGGCGGGGUGGACGGCCGAGCCUUACGUGUGGGCGGCAAUCCGGCCCGCCUCGCAUUGCACGGAGCAGCCGCUCGGGUCCGCGGCGGCCGUCUGCUUCCCCCUGGUGGCCGGAGAGAGGGAAGCGCCUGAGCCGCGCAGGAAGCGCUGCGCUCUCCGGGCAGGGGCGACAAGCAAAGCUUCGGGCGAGGUGGCCGACAGGCUCCGGCGCGCGGCGGCGCCACCGGGUGGGACCAGGUAGGUGCGGCUGGCGGGGCGCGGUGGGGGCUCCCCCAGCAUCUUGGCUUUGCAGGACUAGGGCAAGGCUGAGCUCCCGCCCGGGGUCAUUGAUCAAGAAAGACCUGGGAGCAGGGAGGCGCCCGUAGCCCUCGGGGGGCAAGGAAGGGGUCCCCUCUGCACCAGACAGUCUGCUGGAGGCAGCUGGCUCGCAUCUAACCGCUUCGUGCGCAGCAACUCGGCGCCCGCUGUGUGGACAGGGCAGGAUGCCCCCUAGCGACCCUUCGGAGCAUUGCAGCGCUUCCGCCCCCGCCCCCGGGCUGCUGCUGGCUUUCUCUAGCGAGGAAGAAAGGCACUCUGCACAUGCUCGGUUCAAAACGCUUGGCGGGGUAGUGGGAGACGGCUGUGGAAAGCUUCCAGGUUCAAAGGAAAUCCUCAGUCUCUCAACUCUGUAACUUGCGAGUGUAAUCAAGUGCCUCUGAUCCUUAGUUGGUAGAGUACAAGACUCUUAAUCUCAGGGUUGUGGGUUCGAGUUCCAUGUUGGGCAAAAGAUUCAUGCAUUGCAGGGGGUUGGACUAGAUGACCCUUGUGGUCCCUUCUAACUCGGAGCAUCUCUCACUUUCCUGAGUGAGCAUAGCCAGGCGGAAAGGAUGCAUGGGAGCUGUGAGCCCUUGAAUUAAAAAGAUUUGCAGCCAAAUUGGCAUCUGGGAAUUGGGAAGGAUCGGAGCAGAGUGUUACCCACCUUAAGCCUCAAAGGUAGGGCAGGGCAUUGGCUCUCUUAAUGUAGUCUAAUGUAGUCUAACUAUUCCUUAACACCACUGGUGCACGCAAAAAGUUCCAGAUACAAUCCCUGUUGCCUCCAGGUAGGUCUGGGAAAAACCCCUCUGAAAUCCUGGACAGCUGCUGCCAGUCACGAUAAACCAGCCUCCCCCAUCCUGAAGAGUUGCUUGGGACUCCAACUCCCAUGAGCCCCAGCGAACCUUGAUUGGAGCUGAUGGGGGUUGCAGACCAAAACAUCUGGAGGGCCCCAGGCUGGGGGAGGUGGGCAAGAUGCAUUCCUCAAAGCAGCGCUGGCUCACCUAUGAGGCAAGGUGUGGCAACCACCUCAGCUGGCAGGAUCCACAGGGGCAGCAGAUCUGGUCUCCAAGGGAUGCAUUGCCCGCUGCCGCCAUCAUUGCAGCUGUGGUGCACUCCUUAGAGGCCAAAUCAGCCACCUCCCUGGUGCUCCUGGUGUAGAUAUUCUCUCACCUGUUCCCUGGCUGGAAGAGCAUCGUUUUGUGGUUCUUCUCGGGUGCCAAAGUGUCCUGGGCCAGCCUUGCCUCAAUAAGUUGUCAGGCGGCAAUUCUCAUUUUCCCUGACCCAAUGGUCAGGCUGGCUGGGGCUGAUGGGAGUUGGAGUCCAACAACAUCUGGAUUGCCACAUCUGGAUUGGGCAACAUCUGGUACAGACAAUACUGAACUAGACAGACCAACUGGUUUGGUAGAAAGUAGCUAUCAUAUUAGUAAUAAGACAGGAUGAGAAUCUCUAUCCGUGUCUUUCCUUUGGAGUAAGUUCAGAAUUCUUCUCUUAAAGCCCUCUUUUUCUACCAUCAUGUCAACUCGCUUUUAAAGUCCAUGUAUUUGCUCCCUGUUCUGUAGCCAAAGCUGAGUGUAUUCUGUGCUUUACAAAAUAAAAAUCUGCAGUAAGACAAGCAUAAUUCUGCAAACAGUAUUCAAGCGCAGAUUUAUAAAAUAUACAUCCAGUGGUCUGCUUUGUAUUUUGCUUGAUCCUGUACAUGUUCAUUGAGAUGUAAAGCCCUACUGUCAUCCAUGGGACUUCUUCUCAGGUGAGCAGGUAUUUGACCACAGCCUUGAUGCAUUCUGUUUUCUGAACGUACCUUAGCCUUUGCAGUCUUGAAGGCUAGAAACUUAUUUUCUGAGGAAACACCGGAUGUAUUUACUCAGGGUGAUGAACUGGUAUCUGCAUGCAGUGAAAUUGCAGAAUUACAGGGUACACGCAGAGCUGUACACAUGCAAAAAUCUGUCUGAAGCUUUUGAGGAUGUGAAAAUUCACUGAUGUGGUGGUUAGAGUGUUGGACUCGGACCUGGGAGACCAGGCUUCAAAUCCCUACUUGGCCAUGAAACUCACUGGGUAACGUGGGCCAAACACGGCCAAUCAGCCUAACCUACCUCUCUCAGGAUUGCUGUGGGGAUUAAAUAUGGAGGGAGGGAGAACCAUGCACACCACCUUAAGCUCCUUGGAGACAAAGGUGAGAGACAAAUGCAGUGCAGUAAAUAAAAAAUACACCUGGUCUCUUCUCUCCAUUCCCUCCCAAGGUAAUGGAAUCCAUCUCCCCAGUGAAAGGCCGUCAGCUUUCAGAGACUACGAGGAGAGGCCUGUGUCACUGCUGCCGUCGCAGACACUGCUGCUUCUGCUGGUGCUGCUGCAGUUGCUGCACAUGGUAAAUGCCUCUGCAGGGCUGAGUGGGAGCCCACCUUGUCUGGAUGUUGUUAUUCCAGGCAGAACCCAAAUCCCACUCAGUCCAUCCUCACUCCAGUCUAUGCAGCCUCUCUCCGCCCUUUCCAAUAGCCCUUUCUCAAAACCUACCUUUGACCAGCAGAGGCUGGUCCAUUAGGGCAAAUGGGGCUCUGCCCCACCAACCUCAGUCUGCCUCCAGCCAGCCCCACCUGCCUGCCUUCUUAUUUGCAACCAGCCCAGGGGGUACCACCGCCUGCCACCUUCCUCUUGCUUAGUCUCAGUGUUGCCCCUGUUGAGCUCAGCAGGAAGGAAGAGGGGAGCAAAAGUAGAGUUGGUUGGCACCACCUGUCAUUAUCUCUGGCGCCACCUACUGUGGCACCCCUGCCUUCUGUCCUAUCAGAUCCAAUGGGCACCAGCCACCAUGCUUUUGAUGCACAGCUGCUUAGUCCCAGUUACAGAUGCUAAAGCCACAUCGGCUCUGCCAAGUCCCAUUUCUUAUAAAGUCCAAAUACCUCCUACUAACCAGUCCUGAGUAGAGAUGAUAUUUACCAGCAGGGAUCUUUUGCCUUGCCUUGUUCCUCCAUUGGCCAGCAGAAAAAUGCUCUCCUUGCGUUGUCUGUUGCAGGAACCGGUUGGCAAGGAAGAGACGGCGAGACGGCGUGGGAUGUAAAGUGUCCAGCAUCUCCAACCUGGAAAGCCCAUUAAACCUGGAGGAGAGGUGGGCCAAAGUACCUGAACUUACUAUGGCCAAUUCCUGAUCCAAGAAGGUGGCUAUGAUACCUUUUGAGAACCGUGCACCUCGCUGCAUGUGUUGUUCAGUGGCUUUAAAAGGAUCCAGACACAUUUGUGGAGGAUAAGGUUAUCACAGGGACUGGGGACUGGAUCCAGCAGAGGACUAGAUCCAGCUGACAAGCUGGAUCCUUACUCCCACCCCUUUGAGAUCCACCUUUGACUGCCAUGCUGAAUGACUGAUUUCUUGCAAGUGGCAAACAGUCAUGAUGGCUGUGUCCACGCUGUACAUUUAAAGCACAUUCCUGUUGGAUGUAAUCUAUUAGUACAGUCAAAUGCAACAUUCCUUAUUUCCCUAGAGUGGGCACAAGCAGGGGGACAUCCAGUCAGUGUAACUUCCUGUUCCACUGGUCCCUGGAGCCUCCUUUCCCUGCAUGUGACCUGGCAGAUGGGCAUGGCUCUGGCUGACGCCAUAAAAGAGCCGAGUCAUGUAGUCAUUUUCUCAGAUGUCUUUUGUUCUCUCUCAUGUCUUGCCUGAUCUUUUACUGCCAUGUUGAUCUCCUGCAGCCAUUUUGUUAUCUCAGUGUAAUUUUGCUGUCUGCUGGCUCUCAGCCAGCAGCACGAGUUCAGUCUCCAUAUGAGAUAAACUCACGGUUUGUUUGUGUAAUUACCAAGUAAAGCCUGCCUUUCAGGGAUCAAAUUAUGAUCUGAAAUGUGAGUAAACUUUUUGUUACUUUACUCAGAAAGACUCUUGUGUCUUUAUUCUUUUAAAAGGGACAAAAGGGGACACUAGGAAUAAUCUUAACUAAGAGAUUCAAAUGAAGCUGCAAACGAGCUCCCAGCUAUAUUGAGGGGAAUCUGCUCUGCUACAUCACUUACUAGCGUGAGUGAAGGAAGGAUAACUUAUUCAAUACAGUGGUACCUCAGGUUAAGAACUUAAUUCGUUCUGGAGGUCCGUUCUUAACCUGAAACUGUUCUUAACCUGAGGUACCUCUUUAGCUAAUGGGGUCUCCUGCUGCCGCCACCGUGCGAUUUCUGUUCUCAUCCUGAAGCAAAGUUCUUAACCCGAGGUACUAUUUCUGGGUUAGAAGAGUCUGUAACCUGUAGUGUCUGUAACCUGAAGCGUCUGUAACCUGAGGUACCACUGUAUAUCCUUUCCUACUAUUCUUAAAAUCCCCACAAUUCCCUCCCCCAAAGAAACCUGGGAACUGUAGUUUAUGCCUCACGGUGCUACAGUUCCCAGCAUUCUUAAACUACAGUUCCUGUAAUUCUUUGUGGGGUGAAAUGUACUUUAUAUUUAUGGCAUGUAUGCAGCUGCUGUGUCCUGAACAGUAUACAGAGUUGUACCUUCUGCCCCAAGAGCAGGAGGAAGAAAGAGCAGACCCUCCCAUUCCCACCCCUUGCUUUUCAGGCUCACAGCGGAAGAAGCUGCCUCUUGGCAAUGGUCCUUUGACUCCAUAUUGACCAGUCCAGCCGGCCGGCGCAUAUUCAUGGAGUUCCUGCAGACUGAGCACAGCGAAGAGAACAUGUCCUUCUGGCUCGCCUGUGAGGACCUCAAAAGGGAGCAGAGCCCAGAGCAGAUCUCGGAGAAAGCCAAGAAGAUCUACCUGGAUUACAUCUCCAUCCUCUCCCCAAAAGAGGUAGGCUGGGUGCAGUAUUGGGGUGUGGGAGGCAGAACUAUGGAAAGGGACGCAGUGGACCAAGAAGCAGCUAUCCAAAGCUGAGCACUGCUUUGCAGCAGCCACUCUCCUUCCUUUUUCAGAUUUGCUGGAUUCUUGGCAUUUCUAGGGGAAUGAACAAAUCACUGCUAUUCCCAACAGUUAAUCAGGCAAUCUGUUGGAAGCACACUUUGGUUGGCUGAAAAGGAACCCACGGUUCAAUCAGUCCACAAAUUUAAAAUAAAUAAAUGCAAACUGCAGGUGAUGAGGACCUAAGACUGGCAUGAGUAGCCAGCAGCCCUUCUGAUGUUGUUGAACUACAAAUCCCAUCAGCCCUAGCUGUGAACUUAUGCAACUUACAUAAUUAAUUGCAUAAACCAUGUUGCCAUUACAUGAUUCCAUUCUGAUCCUUUAAAUGCAAAGGGAACAUAUUGCAAAUGGCAGGUGGGUGUGACAUAAACUAUUUUCUACCAUUUGCCUAAGACACCGUGAUCAUGAAGGUGGUUUUCCCAGGGUGAGGCUCAUCCAUUGCACUGCAGGUGUGUGGACCUGUGCGAUUUCCACAAAUGCAGGAAAUAAUUUGAUAACAACAACAGUGAGUGCUGAUUUCCAUACUGGACAUGAGUCGAAUAAGUGAGCAUCCAUAAUUUCUACUCUUCUUUCCAUUUUUGAUGGAAUCGUCCGACAUCCUUACUCCAGGAAAUGCAGAGAUGAGUUGCCUGCACACCACCUCUUUUCCAGAGCCAAUUCUGCCAAAAUGAGUUGAGACAGCACCCUGUGUGUGUGUGUGUUUGCUUCUUCUUGCAGGUCAGCAUUGAUGCUGCAGUGCGCGAGACCAUCAACAACUCCCUGCCGUCACCCGGCGCUCACAUGUUUGAUGAGGCGCAAGCGCAAGUUUAUGCUCUCAUGCACCGGGAUUCCUACCCCAGGUUCCUGAAGUCCCCUCUCUACAAAUCGCUGGAGCAGAGACUGACUAUGCCUGUUGCUGACACCUAA